AUGGGUCUCGCAGGAGUGAAAAAGCGCAUGAAGCUGUCCCACGACCCCAACAACACCAAAUGGACCAACGACAGCACCAGCUUCGGGCUGAAGAUGAUGACGGCCCAAGGCUGGACGCCAGGCCAGUAUCUCGGUGCCAAAGAUGCCGCGCACGCUGAGUUCCACACCGCGGCCAACGCCUCGCACAUCCGUGUGGCGAUAAAAGACGACAAUCUCGGCCUGGGCGCGAAGAUUGGGACAGGCGUUGGGCACGGAGAGUGUACGGGCUUGGACGCUUUCAAGAAUCUGCUGGGCCGCUUGAAUGGGAAGGAGGAGGCGGAAAUUGAGAAGGAGCAGAGGAGCAGGGAUGAAUUGCGGAGGGCGAUUUAUUCGGAGAGGAAGUGGGGGACGCAGCGGUUUGUCAGUGGGGGGUUCUUGAUUGGGGAUAAAAUCCAGAUUUUGAUUGAUGCGGAGGCGGAGCGGAUACGCAAACUGGCGUCAGGAGGGAGUGAGAGGUCUUCGGAUGGUUCUGAUUCGAGCGAGGAGCCCGAGGGUGAGGUCGAAGUUGUGCCCGUGGAGAAGACUAAGAAGUCGAAGAAGAGAAAGGCGGAGGCGCUCGAUGAGUCUAAGCCUGAGGUUGUCGCGAUUAAGGUCAAGAAAUCGAAGAAGAAGCGCCGAGUUGAGGAAGCUGCUGAACAAGAGAGUGCGCCAUUUGGGGAGGAUAAAGCGUCCAAGAAACACAAAAAGUCUAACAAAGACCGCAAAUCGAAGCCCAAAACAGAGGAUACCGAAGAAGAGUCUGAGUCCGAGUUUAAGAGGCGGAAGAAGGAAAAAAAAGAAAAGAAAGAGAGAAAGCGGAAAGAGAAAGUCGGAUCCGACGAUGUAGAAGUAGAGAUAGAAGAAACCGAGAAGGAGAAGCGGAAGAGGGAAAAGAAGGACAGGAAGGAGAAGAAGAAGAAAGCCGCUGGAGAAGAUACCCCCGAGGACCCCGAGUCGUUAGUGCCAGCGACGAAAGAAGCUAUACCUGCUGUAGCGACCUCGAGAGCGGCGACGAUGAUGCAAGGACGACAUGCUGUACGAUCGAGAUAUAUUGCGCAGAAGCGCUUGGCUAGCAUGGACGCGGUGUCUCUGGCUCAGAUCUUCAUGAUCAAGUCUCGGUAG